AUGGAAUCAAUAGACAGCCUGAGCAAACGCUGGCUCGAACUAGACAAGAACGAAACCACAAGAAAAGAAAUCGCGGAUCUCAUCGCUGCAAAAGAUGUCGCCGCUCUCGAAGGCCGACUCCGCCAUCGUAUUGCCUUUGGAACAGCGGGCCUCCGCUCGUCGAUGAAAGCCGGUUUCGCUCAUAUGAACGAUGUUACUGUCCUUCUGGCUUCCCAAGGACUUGCGCAGUACAUACUUAACCAGCACGCCGCGCUCGCGAAUCGAUCAUCAGAGGCUCCAAAAGUGGUGAUAGGGUACGAUGCUCGGUACAACUCGGAGAGGUUUGCGCGCCUUGCUGCAGCGGCGUUCCUUGCGAAGGGCUUCGAGGUGCUAUGGUUUGGAGAACUGGUUCACACGCCUAUGGUCCCGUUUAGUGUCAGUCAUUACAGAGCGGCUGCUGGUGUUAUGGUGACGGCCAGUCACAACCCGAAGAACGACAAUGGAUACAAAGUCUACUGGUCGAACGGGUGCCAGAUUAUCCCGCCUCAUGAUAUUGGGAUUGCGAAGGAGAUUGAUGCCGAACAGUCGAUCAUUACAUGGGAUGCGACGUUGGUGGACUCGGAUCCUCGUGUACAUCGGAUUGUACGCGAGGCGAGUCAGGCUUACUUUUCAUGCAUACGGCGUCUUGUAUCAGAGUUGCCAGCGGUUGAUGGAAGUCUGGUAUACACCUACACACCGAUGCAUGGCGUAGGUCUGCCCUUUAUGAAACAGGCAGCACACAUCGUGUCACAAGAGGACGGCCUGCAGAUUGUUGAUGCACAAGCCGACUCAGAUCCGGAGUUCCGCACUGUGCCAUUCCCUAACCCCGAGGAGAAAGGCGCGCUGGACAUGGCGAAGGCAAAGGCUGAUCAGGCCGGCUGCUCACUUAUUCUUGCCAACGAUCCAGAUGCGGAUCGCUUCGCAGCUGCGGAGCGAUUGACGAGCGGAGAGUGGCACCAAUUCACGGGGAACCAGAUGGGUGUCCUUCUCGCUUCAUACGUAUUGGAAAGUCAUACGGGAGACCGGACACAGCUGGCGAUGCUGGCAUCGACCGUCUCCUCUCGAAUGCUGGCCACCAUCGCAAAGAAAGAAGGCUUCCAUUUUGUCGAAACAUUGACGGGCUUCAAAUGGCUAGGCAAUGUGGCUCAGAAUCUCCGUGAGCAAGGCCUCUCUCCGGUGUUCGCGUACGAAGAAGCAAUCGGCUACAUGUUCCCAACAGUCGUCUGGGACAAAGACGGCAUCGCAGCCGCAGCCAUGUUCCUAAAAGCCUGCGCGCACUGGAAACAGCAAGGCCGCACGCCCUGGCAGCGACUGCAAGCACUGUACGAAAAGUACGGAUACUUUGAAGACGCCAACACCUAUCUCAUCUCGCCCUCUCCGACCGUGACAAACAAGGCAUUCAACGACAUUCGCAUGCUCCAUCGCGGCGCCCGACCUGAGCGCAUCGGCGAGCACAAGAUCUUGCGUUGGCGCGACCUCACUAUUGGCUACGACAGUAGUACGCCGGACAACCAGCCCAACUUGCCCAUCGACGCCAGCGCGCAGAUGAUCACGUGCGAGCUCGAGAAUGUCGUUUUCACCGUCAGGGGCUCGGGCACGGAGCCGAAGAUUAAGAUAUAUAUCGAAGCGAGCCUUGCGAGUUCUGUUGCAGCGAAGGCGUUGGCGGCGGAGGUGUUGGGGGAUUUGUUGCGGGAGUGGUUCAGGCCGGAAUAUGGUCUGCGGUUGGCUGGGACUUGA